CCCCCUUAAGCCUCUCUGUGUGUGUCACACACACUCUCAACUCUCAAGCGGCCGGCACAAACACAGAAAACCUAGAAGCCACCUUUUCCAAAGCACCCCAGUUCCAUCCCUGUCUCCCCUAGCUUCUUCAUGUCCACUGCAAGCGAAUGGCCAGACCAUGAGCUAGGGAAGAAGAUCAAGAGGGAGUCAGCGCUUGCGGCGGCGGACCGGAUGAUGACGGCGGCGCGGAGGAGCUGCAGCCUGCCGGCGGGGGCGGGGGCUGUUGCCGGCGCCGGUCCAGGGUCGGCGCUGAACACGAUCACGCCGUGCGCGGCGUGCAAGCUGCUACGGCGACGGUGCGCCCAGGAGUGCCCCUUCUCGCCCUACUUCUCGCCGCUGGAGCCGCACAAGUUCGCCGCCGUGCACAAGGUCUUCGGCGCCAGCAACGUCUCCAAGAUGCUCCUGGAGGUGCACGAGAGCCAACGCGCCGACGCGGCGAACAGCCUGGUGUACGAGGCGAACCUGCGGCUCCGGGACCCCGUGUACGGCUGCAUGGGCGCCAUCCUCACCCUGCAGCAGCAGGUGCAAGCACUGGAGGCCGAGCUCGCCACCGUCAGGGCCGAGAUCGUCAGGCACAGGUACCGCCCCGCCACCGCGUCGGCGGCGGUGGCCACCGUGCUCCCCUCGUCGCACGCCUCCCAGCUCCUUGCGGCCUCGGCAGCCAGCCGGGGGAUGCACGCCGGCAGCAGGUCGGUGCGGACAAGAACGGCAACUUUGGCGGCGGCGGCCUCGUCGUCGUCGUCAUCGGCGGUGUACGCCGCCGCGUCCAGCUCCACGGACUACAGCUCCAUCACGAAUGAGAAUGUUCCUUAUUUUGGUUGAGGUAGCGGAGGUUAAUACGGAAUACUGGCUGUGCUUCUUCGAUGUAU